AACUUGACGCAACAAACACGCACUUAGAAUCAAAGUCGAACGGUUGAAUUAAAUUGAGACAUACUUGUUCCUUGUGUUUUUCAUUAUAGUUGUCGCUAUUUUUUUAGCGCUCUUGUGAUUUUUAGCCGAAUUUAAAAACGUAAAUUGUGUUAUGGCGUCAAAAGUGUUUGUAUGUGUUUGUCUGUGUUUUCAACUAGUAUUGUGUCAAUUCGGUUUCUUUCCGAACAACGAGCGACAAACACGGCAACCCCAGUUCGGCUUUAAUCAGAACUUCUUUCCUCGAAGACUAAGUGAUACCCUUAGUUCUAUUUUACAUAUUAAUCGUGGAAAACCAAUCAGCAAUCCAGAUUAUAUAUUACCAACCAAUAAACCCGCAAAUAACAAUGUACGUUUUCCGACACAAGUUCCUCUUGCGGAAAAUAAUAAUGAUCAAUCUAAAGUUGAUGGUAGCUCUAAAAGACCACUAACAUUUGAGGAUUUUUUCAUGAAUUCCAAUCAGCCUGCAAUUAUCAAUAAUAGACCAGUUAAUGUUGGAACACAUAUUAACUCAAAUGGCAAUAUAUUUGGCCAAAGUACUGCUGAUACUGGAUCAUCGACAAACGAGCCCAGUUUUUCCAGCUUCAUAACAUCAGACGGAAAAACUAUAGGACCUGGUGGAAAUGGGCUAAUAACGGGACAAGGCUCAAAUGCACCAGCCUUUGGAGCUGAUGUUAAUGGACUCACAGUGGGAAACAAAUCAGACAGGCCAGCAUUUGGAGCAAAUUCAAAUGGAUUAAUCAUGGGAGAAAAUACAAAUAGGCCAGUUUUUGGAGAUAACACAAAUGGGGUCGUAAUGGGAAAAAAUACAGAUAGGCCAGCAUUUGGUGCAAAUUCAAAUGGACUAAGCACAAACGGGCCAGCCUUUGGAGCUGAUUCAAAUGGACUGAUAGUGGGAAACAAAUCAGACAGGCCAGCAUUUGGAGCAAAUUCAAAUGGACUAAUCAUUGGAGAGAUAUCAAACGAGCCAGCAUUUGGAGCAAAUUCAAAUGGACUAACUAACGAAGCAAGCACAAAUGGGCCAGCCUUUGGAGCUGACUCAAAUGGAUUCGUAAUGGGAGAAAAAUUUGACGAGCCAGCAUUUGGAGCUAAUUCAAAUGGACUUAUAAUGGGAGAAACUCCAAAUGGAUCUGCGUUUGAUGAAAACAUCUUUACAACUACAAAAGAAACAGGGCUUGUUGACAGAAAUGGACCUGGUGCACCAUCAUCGACGACUUUGCCAACCCUGACUCCAGUCCCCGCGUCAGGGUCACGAAAUAAUUUCAACUUUGGAUCUGCCGGAAUAUUUAAAGAGACAUGCAAAACAGUGGAUGGGAAAGAUGGAACCUGUGUCGCCAUUAAGGGCUGUGAACCCUUCGUCAAGCUGCUUCAGCAGGGUGUCACCUCCAACGUGGUCAGAAUGCUGCGGCAGUCCGCUUGUGGCUUCGAGGGAAACGAUCCUAAGGUGUGCUGUCCUCUUCCGGGUAUUCCUGAAGUUCCUCCGACGCAAGCGCCAAUAACGCCUGAACCUACUCCGGCUCCAGCGCCCGAAGAACCAGAGGACCCUAAAGCAGCGGGAAAGACUGCGGUUGACAGCGACUACCUUCCGGCCCUCCCAGUGGCUCCCGAGUGCGGAGUCAGUAACGCCUCUCUGAGCAGGGUUGUAGGAGGAAUUGAUGCUAAGCUUGGUGAUUUCCCCUGGAUGGCUCUGUUGGGAUACCAGAGCCGCGGGUCCACUCGAUGGUUGUGCGGAGGCUCCCUCAUCUCCCACCAUCACGUACUGACUGCGGCGCAUUGCAUCCACAACCAUGAAACAGACCUGUACGUGGUGAGGGUUGGGGAGUUAGACCUAGCGAGAGAGGACGACGGCGCCACUCCGGUGGACGUGCUCAUCAAGACCAAGAUCAAGCACGAGAACUAUGACCCCAUGUCCUUCACCAAUGACAUCGGGCUGCUGGUGCUCCAGAAGGAUAUCAGCUUCACAGAACUAAUUCAACCAAUAUGUAUACCCCUGGAACCUGAACUGAGGACCAGAAGCUUCGAGAACUACAACCCAUUGAUCGCUGGCUGGGGAGACACUGAGUUUCGUGGACCCUCAGCGUCGCACCUGCAAGUGCUUCAACUUCCAGUAGUGACCAACGAUGAGUGCAAGCAGGCCUACGUGAAGUACCAGAAGCAGGUGAUAGACGAGCGCGUGCUGUGCGCCGGAUUCAAGAAGGGGGGAAAGGACGCGUGCCAGGGGGAUAGCGGGGGACCGCUCAUGCAACCAGUUUGGAACCCGAAGACCUACAAGACAUAUUUCUUCCAAAUCGGCGUGGUGUCCUUUGGCCGCAAGUGCGCAGAGGCCGGGUUUCCUGGCGUCUACACCAGAGUCACUCACUUCAUACCCUGGCUGCAACAACAACUUCUUGGUCCUCAGUAGAAGCACUAAUUGUAAAUUAUGAUUAUGAAAAGAUAUAAUAUUUGCGUUUCGGUCUUUGAUAGUGUCAAAUAUGAUCCAGUCAAUGACCGCUUCCAACAUCAGAUCUCUAAUUUAAGAUUAUUUAGCAUUGUUAUUUUAUGUCAAUCCUCAAGGGAUCCUUAAUCGGCAAUUUAAAAUAUUACGCAAUUCGGUUAUUGAAGCGCGAGAAGCAGAGAAUGGCUUAAAAUACCAAUAUAUGAUCGCGAAUUUAGAAUUGUGGCUGAAUAUAGAAAAUGGCGGCAGUUAGUUAUUGUUUUUCUCGUUGCACCCGCAACUUGAGAGGCACUAGCCGCCAUCUUGGUGACGUCAUAUUGACGUCAAGUCCUGACACUUUACCACUCACCAAUAAAAAUUUAUUUUUGCAAUCAUUUGAAGUCAACCAGAAUUAUUUAUGACGUGGUUCUUUCCCAGCUCCGACCCGCGUUAUAUUGCGAACUAUCAUAACUAGUCUACAUAGUCUAUCGUUUUUAAUAACAUUGAAAUUCGUAUUAUCGCACUUACAUGUGACAUGUUUAUUUUAUACACAAUUAUGAUAAAGCUUACUUGAUCACGGUUUGCCUAAUAGACGCCUUUUGAAAUGUCGAUGUGCAAUUUAAUUUAAUAAAAGAUUUACAAGUACUCUCAGAGUGGUGCCCGUGGUGCGAAGUCCUUAUAUCCUAAUAUUCCUAAUGAAAGAUUCGUCAGUGCACUUUCUAUGAAUUUAAGUCACUGGCAACCAGUUUAUUAAAAACGGUUAAUAAUUUAGAUAAAAAAUUGUUUAAUGAUAAUAAAUAUAUCAGUGCCAAUGAUAACACAUAGGUAAUAAACAGAUUUCCGAAUGGUUCGAGUUGAUUUUUUGAUUUUCGUAAAUUGGGACUAGAAAUAUAUUGUUCUAAUUUUAUAAAAUAUAUAUUUUUGUUUGUAAAAUAUGAAUAUUACAUUAGCAUUUAUAUGAGUGUACAGUAAUAAAUUAUAAUAUAUAAAUAAACUGUAUAGAAAUCAAAAGUAUUAAUAUAUACGUACAUAAUACAACCAUAAAUUUAGAUAAUCGUUAUGUUCUCUCACUAAUAUGCAUCAUUUAUGUAGUACCUACUUUUGAUUUUGUUUUUAACGGAUAGCAAGAAUUCAAAAAUAUCAAAUGUAGGUAUAUUAUUUGCUUUAUUACGAUUUUCAUGAAAUACAGGCUUAAAGUAUUCUUAUAUUAAAUUUUCGUACUCACAAAUAUUGUUUCGUAUUAGGUGCUCUCUUUCUAUCAAGUUUUUUUAUUUAAAUUCGUUAGUUUAUGAAAACAUUGUUUAUAACGUUAUCAGUAAGUACAUAUAUCUAAAUAUGUUGUUAUAUUAGUUAGUAUUAAUAAAUUAAUUUUUAAUUUAAUAUAUACUUAAUUUAAUCAACAUAAAAUUUUACUCUGUGUUUUUCAAUACAUCUUAUAAGCCAUUAUCGUUCAAAUUAUGCACUUCGGUUAUAUUACAUAGUAGCAACGACAAUUGAGAAUUGUGCAUUUAUUUUUUAAGGAAAAUUAUAUGAAAAUAUUUGAUAUCGGAAUAUUCUGUUAAUUAAUUUAAAAAAACAUAGAUCUAGAGAGUUUUGUUGUUUUCUAAUACUUUUGAACACAGCUUUAUAAAGUUUGCAGAGUCGAUAGUCAUAAUAGGAUUGAAAAUACUAGUUUGAUGACGAAGACAGCCGCGGCACGGCGGGAAUUGAAAUAAAUUUUGCUCAGUUAUUAUUAAUUAAUAAUAAAUUAAUAAAAAUAACAAUUUUAAGUAUAUUUCACAAAAUAUUAUUUCAAGAGGACAAACUAAAUAAUAUUGAAAAUGUUUUAUAAUAGUAAUAUAUUUUAAAUCGUAGGUACUGUUUCUGAAAUAUCUGCUAUAGGAGACACAAUAAUUUUGUUAGUAUUUAAUAGUUUACUUACGAACAUGAUUUUUACUUUAAAUCCUGAUAUUACUUUGUUGGAGACGCUUUCAUUUGACUUAUUAAAUAUCUACUUGAAGACAAAUAGUCAUUAUUAAUAUAAUGCUUAUAGCCCGGUCUUUAAAGGUAUUAUAUAUUUGUAAGGUUGUGAUAUGUAAACAAAAUAGUGCCAAACUGUACUCUUAAAUAAAGUGUUUAUAAUAUUAUUUCAGUUACCUUAUAAAACAUACGAAUAUAAUAAAACUAUUAUUUCGAA